AUGCAGCUUGCUGGCCAGAGCACUACUGCUCAGACGUUCGCACUGGCCACUGCAGUCACCCGUGGACUUUUGAAUCAAGCGAUUGAUGGCAUUGCAGGCCUAGGCUUCAAGGCCCUCUCGACUGCAAAAGCGACACCGUUGUGGCAAAAUGUGGGGCUUUCGCAAGCAGAUGAGAUAUUCUCCUUCUUCUUGCAAAGGGAGAUCGACUCUGGCAAUCCCGAAAAUACGCAGUAUGGCGGCGUGUUCACGCUUGGAGGCACCAAUUCGUCGUUGUAUCAAGGUGACAUUAAUUGGUCAGAAGUCAUCGAUGAAUCCUACUGGCUGAUCACUUUGGGAGGCAUAACGCUGCAAAACAAUACAGUGUCCAUUGGCAACACUGUCAAUGCUGCCAUCGAUACCGGCACCACGCUGAUUGGUGGACCGUCCAGCGUGAUUGCCGACUUGUACUCUCAAAUUCCCGGCUCAUCGCCCAGCACGCAGUCGGAGGGCUACUACAACUACCCUUGUGCCACCAACGUGUCGGCAAGCGUCACCUUUGGCAACCAAGCCUACGUCUUGUCGCCUUCGGACUUUUUGGCAGGCGCAACGGAUCGGACGGGCGAGACGUGCUUGGGCGCAUUCUUCAGUGUUGGAUCCGAUCAGACAACGACGUUGCAAUGGAUCGUCGGCGCCGCAUUCCUCAAGAGCGUCUACAGCGUGUUCGAUUACAAUUCGGGCAAACCUAGAGUUGGCUUUGCUGCGCUUGCAGACGGUCUUAAUGGAGGCACCGAAAGUUCCACCGUAGCUCAGACCCAAACGGCCAAGGUGGGGGGAAAUGGCGCAUCAUCUUUGCAUCGCGUUCCGCUUCAGACGCUCCUGGCCACAUUGACGGCGACAUGUUGCGUGUUUGCCGUGUGGCCGUGA